AUGGAGACCAUCAACAACAUCGCUGCUGCCGCGGCAAAGACCGUCUGGCCCAACAGCGACAACAACGACGGCACCGCCACCACUGAGAACAUCAACAAUGCGAACAACGUGGGCAGCAACGGCAGCAUGACGGCCUACGACAGCGGCAACAAUGUCAACGGCCACAGCAACAUCGCCGCAAACGCCGCCUCCUCAUCGGCACCGUACAACACCUCCGACACCAGCUUCAACAACACCACCAGCAAUGUGAACAACAGUCGUGCCAACACUGGUUCCGCUGCCGUGCCCGGCAGCCACCCGGACUACAACGAGGAGCCCGUUUCGGGCGUUCUGGGCGACACUUCCAAGGGCGAGCCGUACGACGCCGGCAACAGGGACGAGCAGGCCUAUGCCAACGCGCAGUACUCUGAGACGCGCUCGUCGGCGGUCGGUUCUGGUACCGCCGGUACCGCCGGCGCCCCGAAAACGACUGGCACCACAGGUGCGACGGGAUCUACAGGAACUACAGGUGCUGCCGGUGCAGCAGGUGUGGCCGGCGCAGCGGGCGCUGCUGGCGUCGCAGGGACCCGGUCGGCUGACAACACUGCUGCCUCGUCCGCCUCCGUCAACAACAACACGGCCAACACUGCCACCAACGCCAGAUCGAACAACCCGGCCGCCACCUCGACGUCCGCUGGCGAUGCCGGCAUGAAGGACUCCAAGGUCCCCAGCAGCGGCGGCGGCGGCGCCUCCGAGCCCAAUGUGGACGGCCCCGGUCCCCGCCCCCUCCAGGAGGUCGCGUGUGACAACCACGGCGACGCGGGACGUGCCCAACCCGGCACUGGCGGUGCCGGUGCCGGUGCCGGUGCCGCCGCCGGCGCUGACGACGAGGACGACGACAAGCCCCAGUCCACCUCCCACGGCGAGGGCACCGGCGAAAAGUACGUCCGCAGCACCGGUCUGAAGGCCGACGGUGGCGAUUUUGACGCCGCGCGCGAGGGUGCCGGUCGCGAGGCCGACCGCAUCUUGGAGGAGAAGGGCAUUGUCGUCAACGCGGGCCACCAGCAGCCGGGCGCCGCGGAUACGGCCGAGGCGGAAGGCGCGGGCAACAACAACCGCGGCAGCGGCAACAGCAACGUCAGUGCCAACAGCGGCGACAGCGCGGGCCAGAAGAAGAAGGUCAGCCUGGGCGAGAAGAUCAAGAACAAGAUCCGCCGUUCGAGCUAA